AUUAUGUGGUGCCAUUUGCUACUUUUGUUGGUGUUAAUUACCACAAGCAGCUGGUUCUUCUUGGAUGUGCUCUAGUUGCAUGAUGAAUCGAAGGAGUCGUUCAUAUGGUUGUUUGAGACAUGGCUCAGGGCAAUGUCUGAGUGCCAUCCCAAGUCGAUAAUAGCUGAUCAUGAUGAUUCCAUUCUGCAAGUGAUUGCACAGGUUUUUCCUUUGAGUCAUCAUCGAUUCUCCAUGUGGCAAAUUAAGACAAAAGAACGAGAACAUUUGAGUCCACUGAGUAGUGAUUGUAAAUAUGAAUAUGAGAAGUGCGUUUAUCAAAGUCAUACAGUUGGUGAAUUUGAUGCUGCACGGGAUGCUCUUCUCAGCAAAUAUAGCUUGAGGGAAAAUUCUUGGCUGAAGAAAAUGUAUGAAAAGCGUGAAAACCGGGUUCCACUGUGCUUACGUCGAACAUUUUUUGCUGGAAUUCCCAUCGAUGGAAGUCUAGAUGCCUUUUUUGACCCAUAUUUAAUUUCUCAAAUGCCACUUGAAGAAUUUGUUGUGAGAUAUGAGCAAGGUUUGGAGCAAAGUCGUGGCAAUGAAAGGAAAGAAGAUUAUAACUCAUUCAACUUGCAGGCAUUUUUGCAGACAAAUGAACCGAUGGAAGAGCAAUGUAGGAGGCUUUAUACCCUUUCCGUUUUCAAAGUUUUCCAGAGGGAACUUUUACAAAGCUACAGUUAUCUGGGUGCCAAGAUUCAUGAACAAGGGGCCAUCAGUAGAUAUUUGAUCCGUAAGUGCAGCAAUGAGAAUGAGAAACAUAUCGUUACCUUUUGUUCAUCCAAUCUCGAUGUGAGUUGUGGUUGUCAAAUGUUUGAAUCAGAGGGUGUAUUGUGUAGACAUGCUUUGAGAUUGUUCCAGAUUCUAGAUAUUAGGGAGCUUCCAUCUCGCUACCUCUUGCAUAGGUGGACAAGGAGUGCUGAGUAUGGCACUGUACGUGAUUCUGAGUCAGGAGGUAGCUCCCACGAAAUUAAGGCAAGAUGGUCUGGAGUCUUCGUGAAAUUGCUGCCAAAUAUGUAGAGUUUGGUGCCACGUCUUUUGAGAAAUACAAACUUGUAUAUGAAAUUAUGCA